CAAGAGCGCCAUGUAUCGAUAAGAGCUCCGUAGAAUGCUUGGAAGGAAUGCUAACUUACGCGAGGGGAAAUUUGGUCACAGCUAUAGGACGGAUUCAGAACUCCGUGAUGGAAAAUCAAACUGAAAAGAUAGUUUAUACACACUACAAACAUACGGAUCCCUGCAAGUAUGCGAGAUGGACUGCAAGGGAAAGUUUUCAGUUCAUGUAUGCUAGGCCAUGGCAACAAGUUACUGAUUUCUACUCGAAUCUAGUGAACGGGCGAUUUCCUUGUCUGAAUUGUUUGGAGUUGAGUUAUUCUAGAGGACUUCCUCAACAGACCCAUCCACUUCAUGAUCUUGGUCAACCAGAUUCUCAUGAGGAAACUGAGUUGGUCAAUGUUUACACAAGAGAAAGGACUGGAAGAUGGGCGAGGGCCACAUUCAAAAUAAUUCUCUCCUAUCAUGGGGGCUCCUUCGAUGGGUGGCAAAAGCAACCGGGUCUGAACACUGUGCAAGUUUUAGUAGAAAGAUCUCUUGGGAAAUUUGUCGAUGAGAAGAAAGCUCAACAGCUGAAAGAGAAGUCUUUACCGGUGGAAGGUUGUGCGGCUGUUGCUGGGCGCACUGACAAAGGGGUGACAGCUCUUCGGCAAGUUUGUUCAUUCUAUACUUGGAGAGAGGAUGUCAAAGCACAAGAUGUUGUGGAUGCAAUCAAUACUGCUGCACCAGGAAAGCUCCAGGUCAUCUCUGUAUCCAAGGUGUCACGAAUAUUCCAUCCUAAUUUCUCUGCCAAAUGGAGGCGCUAUUUCUAUAUUUUCCCCUUUAAUGAUGGAGAAGAGAAGCAAAGUGAAGGGCUCCAGGGGGACAAUGAGAACUGCAGCUUGGGGGAACUCCAUGAGAGAAAUGGAUGGGAUGAAUAUAUUGGAGAGGAGAAUAGUGGGUGCCUGAUUGUCAGUGGUGAAGAUGAACUUGAAAGUGCAAAGAAACCAAGAAGUUUCAGCAUAAGCAGAGUAAACCAACUUCUACUCCAACUAGAAGGGAAGCUGUUAUCAUACAAGGUGUUUGCGCGGGACACAAAAGCUUCUAGAAGCACGGGUCCACCUACAGAAUGUUUCAUUUACCAUGCUCGAGCUGCUGAAGGAAGAUUACCCUAUCAGGAAGAGGUUAACUUGAAAGGAACGAGAGUUAUGUGUGUGGAGCUGGUUGCUAAUCGCUUUUUGCGCAAGAUGGUUCGAGUACUGAUUGCAACAUCAAUAAGAGAGGCAGCAGCAGGUGCAGAGGACCAUGCCUUGCUAGAUCUAAUGGAUGCUAAAUGCAGGCGUGCCACAGCUCCCCCAGCACCACCUGAUGGUCUUUGCCUAGUGGAUGUUGGCUAUACUGAAUUCAAUCAGGAAAACUGCCUUAUCCGAUAGAGUAAAUCCAGUAAAAUAUCUAAAUAUGUGGCACCUACAUACAGUGUCCCUCAUGGAUAUCCAUUGUCCCUUAAAAAAAUAAUAUAAUUGGCAUAGAAGGGAAUGGUUAAACAUGAUCCAUGUAGAUGUCAUUGUGAAGGCUCAACGAGCAUGUUCUGAUCCUUUCCCUCUUUUACUGAAAUACAAUUAUGAUCAGAUUGAGUUGAUCAAAAACAUUUUAGUCAAUCCCUUUUUGCUCUAAUGGCUCUUA